AUUAAAAGUAAGUUGAUAUCUUUAAUUUGCUAUUAGGCAGUUAGGCAACAUUAAAGUACUUGUGACUCAUUUCAAAAGGAGAAGCUGAAAGAUGGAGCUUAUAAUCACACGUCGCGCAGGUAAUCAUCAUCCUACCAUUUGGGGAGACCAUUUUCUUGCGUAUGUUGAUCUUCCGGGAGCCAAUGAGGGGGAAGAGAAGCAACAUGAAGACCUAAAAGAAGAAGUGAGAAAGAUGCUAGUGAUGGCUCCUUCAAAAUCUUUACAAAAGCUUGAUCUCAUCAACACAAUCCAAUGUCUUGGUGUAGCAUAUCAUUUUGAACGUGAGAUUGAGGAAUCAUUGAGUUAUAUGUACACUCAUUAUGAAGAAUGGAUUGGUGUAGUUGAUGGUCAUGACCUUCAUGCUAUUGCUCUAUGCUUCCGGUUACUUAGGCAACAAGGUUAUUAUGUUUCAUGUGAUGCUUUUAGGAAAUUCACUGAUGAUCAAGGAGAUUUCAAGAAAGAAUUGGUCAACGCCGUGCAUGGAAUGUUGAGCUUAUAUGAGGCAGCACAAUUCAGAGUACAUGGCGAAGAAAUUCUGGAUGAGGCAAUGAAUUUCACCAUCACUCAAUUGAAACUAAUUUUGCUUAACUUGAGCAAUUCCCAGCUUGCACAACAAGUCAAUAACGCACUAAAAUUUCCAAUUAAAGAUGGUAUGGUGAGGGUAGAAACAAGGAAAUACAUAUCAUUUUACCAUGAAAAUGAGGUGUUACUAAACUUUGCCAAAUUGGACUUCAACAUGUUGCAAAGGUUGCAUAAAAAGGAGCUAUGUGAUAUCACAAGAUGGUGGAAAGAAUUGGAAAUAGUGAAAUCAUUACCUUAUGUAAGAGACAGAUUGGCAGAGGCUUACUUUUGGAGUUUAAGUGUCUACUUUGAGCCUCAGUACAGUAUUGCAAGGAAAUUAUUAACAAAAAUUGUAUGCUUCCUUACCAUUAUUGAUGACACAUAUGAUAUCUAUGGGACAUUGGAUGAACUUACUCUACUCACCGAGGCAAUUGAAAGGUGGAACAUUGAUGCUUCAGAACAGUUGCCAUUAUAUAUGAAGAUUGUUUAUCGCAGUCUUUUGGAUGUUUAUAAUGAAUUUGAGAAAGAAUUGGCAAAUGAAAAUAAGUCAUUUCUAAUCAACUAUUCGAUAAUAGAGAUGAAAAAGGUGAUAAGAGCUUACUUUCAAGAGGCAAAAUGGUAUUAUGAGAAGAAAGUACCAACAAUGGAGCAGUAUAUGAAGAAUGGAAUUUCAUCAGGUGCUUUCCUAUUGCUAGCAAAUACUUUUUGGUUUGGCAUAGGAAAAGCAGCAACUACAGAUGCAUUUGAUUGGGUAGCAACUGAACCUCCAAUACUUGUUGCUGGCUCUCUCAUUGGAAGAUUACUCAAUGAUCUUAUAUCACAUGAGGAAGAACAAAAAAGAGGAGAUGUAGCUUCUGCUGUUGAAUGUUAUAUGAAUGAAUAUAGUGUCACGAAGAAAGAAGCAUACAUGAAAAUAAAGAAUAUGAUAGAGAAUUAUUGGAAGGUUUUGAAUGAAGAAUACCUCAAACACACUGGCAUUAUACCAAAGGUUUUGCUCAUGUCGAUAGUUAAUUUUACAAGAGCAGUAGAGUUCUUAUAUAAAGAUGAAGAUGCUUAUACUUUUUCCAAAAAUAACUUGAAAGACGUCAUUUCUGCGAUUAUAAUUGAUCCUAUCAUCUGAAUCGAGAGUUUCAAAAUGGAAGAGGAGGAACAAGAAAAUGAAGAAUCACAUUUCUCUAGAAUAAUGCUUAUAUUUGGAUAAGUUAAUUAAGAAUUGUUCAGUUACUUGUAUUACUAGUAUAAUAAUAAAUAAGUAAAUAAAUAAAUAAAUAUUCCCAUGUUAAAUUUUGCAUUAAUAGACAGGUGCUUGUUUCUACGUUAACAAUAUCCACAUGAAUUAUGUUGUAAACAUCGUAUAACUGUUGUAAGAAAUAAUAAUGGUUGUAUGUAAUG